AUGCCUAUUAGAACAUUACAAUACUCUGCAGAAAUCUCAAGUUUAGAUGAUCUCAAAAAUGCCGUAAUUGGUAUUGACAUCCAACACUAUAUCAAUGUGCUUUUGCCUCCUGGAACAGAUCCAACUUUUGAAGCAAUAGGAGGUUUUCCAAUAUCACUCAAAUCCAGAAUCAUAGCUGAUGCACAACAUAUGGAGUCACUCGAUAUAAAACCUGUUUAUGUUUUUCCAGGUAUAAAACCAAUUACUCAAUUUUCUUACUUACAACAACCGGAAUUGCAAUAUGAAAAACAUCUGAAAGCUUCAUGGAAAACUAAAGUUGCCAAUCCCGAAGCUGAUAUAUCAUUCAGAGAUUUAAGUAAUCCUUAUCUCAUCAGAUUGUUGAUGGAUGAAAUUAUGAUUAUUUUACAUGAAAAUGAACUAGAAUACCUCGUUGCUCCAUACACUCAACACCAUCAAUUGCUAUAUAUGCUAGAAGCUGGAGUUAUCAAUGCAAUAUAUUCCUCGAACGAUUGUCUCUUGUUAGAAAGGCUUGAUAAUUUUAUUGUUGAUAUCGACUUUACCAAUAAAAAGUUUCAGUUUUUGAGCUCCAAACAGAUAAUUGGCGGCUUUAAUCUCGAUUUCAAGAGAUUUAGAGACAUUGCAAUGUUACUAGGUAACGUUUUCCAACCUUUUGAAUUGAAACCUCCAACUACAACUUUUCAUGAGCUAGUUCACACUACUCGCCAAGGAUUCAACGCAUUAUCUUCUUUAUCCACAUCUAAAGACGAUUCAUCUAAAUUAACCCACUUCAUCAACGGGUGCACCAUUCUAGACUUUUGUCCAGUUUUGAGAAUCAAUGGUAAAGUUGAAUCAUUUUGCAUUGCACUGGGUGAUUCUGUCAUUUCAAGCGCAUCUAAUAAUGAUGCUGGCAAAAACGUUAAAGCUAAAUUACCGAGAGGUUUGAAUGAGGUUUUUGGCUUUCAUUUCCCCCAAGAACUAUAUUUUUACCAAUCUAUCGGUAUGAACAUUUUCCCCUUAAUUGAAUCUUUUAUUACAUCAGACUAUAUUGAGAGACUACCACUUGACAUGAAAACAGAUCCGAUAUAUGAGAAAAUAAUUCUAGAUCAUAAAUCAAUGGAAAUGAAAGAAGUUUUAUUCAAUUUAUUCACAAGUACUUUACAUCGCUUCUUCCAACACAAAAAAGUAAACUUGAAAUCUUAUUACACUUCUACCCAUCGCCUCAAUCUUAUUGAUUUCAAGUCCGCACAAGUUUCAAAUGUUUCAAACUUAAUAGUCAGGCAUUCAAGCGCUAAAUCAUUUGAUUUAGCUCUAUUUUUGAAUAGCUUGAAUGAUGAGUUUAUUUACGAAUCCACGGUUGCCAAUCCAAAGGAAGUGAGUCAAGGGUUGGGAAAUAUUUUCACUAACUAUGAGCUUAUUUCAAGCUCACUGCUUGGUACUCUAGUACAUUACGGAUUUAUUGAACUACGUGAGAAGAAUUUCAGACUUUCCAAAUGGGGCACUACGCUAGUCAAGUUCAUUGGCAAACAUAAUGUCGAUAUCGAGACUAUUUUGCUACUUUGUGUCUUUUUUCAGAGAACUCCUAAUUUAGAUAUGAAGUCAUUAUCGGCAUCUAAUGACUUAGAUAGCUUAAAUGAUGUAGUCGAUGACUUGGGUACUUUGAAUUUGAUUGCUCAAUUUGCGACAUUGUAUAAAAUCAAAGAAUUCAAAGUGGGUAAUUAUAAAGGUCCUGUCUCUAACUCGUUGCUUCACUUCAAUUCUAUAAUGAGUGCUCUUCACAAUGAGAUUAAGAAUUUUGUUAUUGUUGAUACUUUGAAUUUGCUUCUCCGUAACAAGAAUGACAUUGAUAAAUUUAAUAGAUCACAUGAAGAUUGGUGUUCGCUGGUCUCUGAGCUACCGUUCAAAAUGCCAUUAUCUAAUACAGUAAUUGGUUUGAUAGUUGAAAAGUCAAUCGAAAGCUUUGUUCUUUCUGAAAAUUUCAAGGUCGAACUUGAUGCGGAAUUACUUCCAUUCACCGUCAUUGUUCAAAAUCCAUCUAAAGAAGCAUUACAUGCCCUAAAGUUUGUUAUUUCAAUUUGUGAUUUGGUAUAUCUUUUAUUUGAGAAUGGAUUAGCAAGCGAAGCUGUUAAAUCCAAAUUUGAAAGCGUCAGAAUGGUUACUGACAAACUAAUCUCAAAGUUCUAA